AAUUUUCUCACUGUUGCGCGCCGCCAAACCAAACGCCAACCAACGUUGUUGUCGUCGUUGAGUAGUUAUAAGCCGCAUUUCAUCCCGGAUAACAUUUCAUAUUGUUUGCAACCGUUGCGCCGCAUUCAUACCGGUUCAAAACAAAUAUUUUUUUCUUCCAAAAAAUAUUAAUAAAAUCAUUUCCAAAAAAAAUUAAAAAAAAAAAAAAAAAAAAAAAAAUGAGCGGUGUCCUUCGGCGUGGUACGUUAACAUUCACACACAACGGUGUUGAAAAAUCUGGUCCAGCUUAUUGGGAUCAACGGAAACAACCCAAAACUCCGGAAAUAAGUGUAAUUUCAAUUGAUUUCCGCCGGAAUUCCGAAGAUUUGCGGAAAAGUGAUGUUAUUAAAUUGGAUGUGCCUGAUGGUGUUUCACCACAACCAACUUGUGAAGUUAUCAAGGAUCUUAGCGAAGAUAUUGAUAGUGAUAUUAUAUCCAAUUACAUUGGACACUUUGGAUGGUGGCAAUUUGUUUGGACAUUUAUUUUGUGUUUAUUCGAAGUGCCAACAACUUUUCAUAUAUUUUCUUUUGUUUUUCAGUCUAUGUCAAGGGACUUUUGGUGUGCUCGUCCCGAUGGAAUGCCAAAUAUGACAGUCUCGAGUUGGACGAAUCUCAGUCAACCACAAGGAGCUUGUUCGAUAUUAGACUUUAAAUUCUCUGACAUGUUGGAAUCCAACUACAAUGACUACCUCCAACUGGCGACCUCUUCAGACGCCUCCAACAUGACGAAAUGUAAUAAUUUUGAAUUUUCCACCGAUGAUUAUGGAAUGACUAUUGUCGAAGAAUACAAUCUUGUAUGCGAACGUAAGAAUCUGCUAAGUGUGGUGGAAAUGUGCUUUUUAGCUGGAGCUGCAGUUGGCAGUGUUUGCAGUGGAUGGAUAUCAGAUCGUUUUGGCAGAAAACACACUCUCAUGGGAUUUGCAUUGGUCCAGACUACGUUGGGAACCCUGCUUGCAUUCUCAACAUCCUUAGCCAUGUUCAUGACAUUGCGAGUCAUAAUUGGAUUUGCAUCGAUGACUGUUGCUGUGGUUAGUUUUGUUCUAGUCGUCGAAUUGGUUAGUGGCAAAUGGCGAACUAUAAUUGGCAUCCUGAAUAUCCUUCCGGUGGCGAUCUCGUAUAUCCUUACUUCGGGGAUAGCUUAUUUAACGCGCGACUGGCGCCUUAUGCAAUUGGUUAUAUCAGUGCCAUGGAUUGCAUUGCUAUUCAUUUGGUAUUGUGUCCCAGAAUCACCACGCUGGCUGUUGGCCCGAGGUCGGCUCGAUGAAUUGGUUGAGCUGAUUGAACGUGCGGCAAGGAUGAAUGGUCGAACGCUUCCAUCGAAUUAUCGGAAAUCACUUGAAGCCAACCUAAAGGAAACAACUGCACCAUGCUUACCAUCAGGUGGUGGUAUUGGUCCACUGUCAUCGCCAACUUCGUCACCAUCAUCACCACCUGCUUCGAUGAUGGGUGGUGCAAAACAAAGUGAGGCUGAUGCUUGUCAUCCAGUUAAUGGAACUGCUGCCAGAACUCCUGCUGUACCUGAACUUCGAGCUGAUAUAAGCAACAAGAGUCCCUUGGUCGUAGUGUUUAACAAAGACUACUGGCGUACAACCGUACUCACUCUGAUUGUAUGGCUGACAUUGAUUAUCAUCUAUUUUGGAUUGACAUUGCAUCUGAGCAAUCUGGGUGGCAACGUUUAUUUGAAUACGGCAAUUGCAGGUCUUAUAGAAGCAAUUUCCAUCUGUGCCAGUAUCGUAGUGGUCCUUAAACUUGGUAUUCGUCAAAAUCUCAUAGCCUACAUGCUUAUUGCUGGGGUGUGUUGUCUAGCAGCUAAUUUAGUUCCGGGUGGUAAUCUCUUUGGCGUCAUUGGACUAGCAAUGAUAGCUAAAUGUGCUAUCGGAGCUAACAAUGCAAUCAUCCCAACUUUCACCGCGCAACAAUAUCCGACAGUUGUGCGAAACUUUGGCCUUGGCAUGGGCAACCUAGCUGCUGGCGUUGCUCUAAUACUUGUUCCGUAUAUGUGGUUACUAGAGCACGUCUCACCUCUACUACCUUUAACCAUAAUGGGUGUUUGUGGAAUUGUUGGAGCUGGAGCUCUCAUGAUGAUGAAAGAUGUUUCUCGGGAUAUAGAUUGAGAGGAUGCGGAGGUUAUUUUGAGGAGGGGGCGGGUAUACAAUGCCCCUAUAAUAAUAUUUAUAUUGUAUAGUUGUACCUUACUGUGAUAGAGGACAUCACACUCAAAGGAUAUUCUCUUCGUUGAGAAAAA